CUGCAAGGAGAGCUUCAAGCUCAUCUUCAACCUCCGCAAAAUCUUUUCCCAGAUAACCCUAACCCUAAUCCUCCCCCUCUCCAUCAUCUUCCUCGCCCAAAACCACAUCGCCGACCUCCUUACCAAAAAAUCCAAUUCCUCAACAACCUCGGCCAGGCCGCCUACCUCACCCUCCACCUCCUCUACUUCAUCCUCACCCUCCUCUUCUCCCUCCUCUCCACCUCCGCCGUAAUCUACACCGUCGCCUGCACCUACGCCUCCCCUUCACGAGACCUCUCCUUCCCAGAAAUCACGUGCGCCGUCCCCCGAGUUUGGACCCGUCUGGCCGCCACGUUCGUCCGCGCCUUGGCCGCCUACAACAUUAUCUUUGGAUUAUUUUUCUAUAUGUCGUGGGGAGACAUCGGGCCUCUCGUGGUGGUUUCCGUGGUGUACAUGACGGGGUUUGUGCACCUGAUGGCGGUGUGCCAGCUGGCGGGCGUGGUGUCGGUGCUGGAGGAGAAGAGGGGGUGUGGAGCUAUGGGCAAGGGGAUGGGCUAG